GGAGAGAUGAGAGUUAGAAAACUUGAGAUAGAUUUAGAGAACUAUUCAAAAAAGAAAAAAUAACCAUGAAAACGAAGAACUAAUUAGAAACAUUUUAAAUAGACAAAAAGCUAUACAGAACAGAUCAAAAGCAUACUCUACUGAACCUCAUUCAUACUAAGCGUACAGUUUAUUACACACAUCAAUGGGGCACUUUGUCUCCAAACGCAAACAGAUGGAUCUAAACGGCUUGCCUCCACAUCCCUUUUCUUUUACUGAAGAGGUGCCACGACAAUACCCGAGGCAGGAAGAGGAUACUGCUGGAGCAAUUCAGGCUAGUGGAACUAGUAGUGAAAUUAGCAUCAGCAUGGAAUGGGAAACCCCCAGACAGGCAUCUGAACACCAGACUUCAAGGCAGGACUGCCAACGACCGUCCAUUUACAGCACCGUGGACGCAGUGCCUCAUCUUGAGUUUUACACCAACUCCAUAGGUCGGCAACAACGUAGCAGACCAUCACUGGAGAUUCUCCGCAAGGUUUCCGAAGAUUAUGAAGCAAGUAGUAAUAUGGGAGACUUAAGAAGAGAAAGCCACUCUGUGAUCCAAGAGCAGGAAGAGAAGCAGCAGAACAGUACUAAAGGGAAGACCACCCAACCAGUCCGCUUUGGCUGGGUCACAGGUGUCAUGAUUCGAUGUAUGCUGAAUAUCUGGGGAGUAAUUCUGUUCCUGAGAGUGCCUUGGAUUACAGCUCAGGCAGGAAUCCUUGCCACUUGGGUUAUCAUCUUCAUGUCUGUACUGGUAACCUCAGUCACUUCAUUAUCAGUGUCGGCUAUUUCCACCAAUGGGAGAGUCUCCUCUGGUGGUGCCUACUUUAUGAUUUCACGCACCUUGGGCCCUGAAUUGGGGGGUCCCAUUGGUAUGGUGUUCUCUUUCGCCAAUGCUCUUGGCUGUGCACUCAACACUGUGGGAUUUGCAGAGACUGUCCGAGAUCUUCUCAUUAAAUAUAAUGCUGUCAUUGUGGAUGAGAUCAAUGAUGUGCGUAUAAUAGGUGCAAUCACAGUCACUUGUCUUUUGCUGAUCUCCUUGGCUGGAAUGGAAUGGGAGUCAAAGACUCAGAUUAUAUUCUUCCUUGUGUUGAUUGUGACCUUCAUUAACUAUUUUGUGGGCACUGUGAUACCAGCCACUCCAGAGAAGCAGUCAAUGGGCUUCUUCAGCUACAGAUAUGAGAUCUUUGUGGACAACUUACUUCCUAAGUGGAGAGAGCCACAGGGAGAUUUCUUCCAGAUGUUCGCCAUCUUUUUCCCUUCUGCAAUUGGCAUUUUGGCAGGUGCCAAUAUCUCUGGAGAUCUGAAGGAUCCUGAGACUGCUAUUCCCAAAGGAACACUAAUGGCCAUCUUUUGGACAACCAUGAGCUAUUUAGCAAUAACUGUAACUGUAGGGGCAUGUGUGGUGCGUGAUGCCUCUGGAAACCUGAAUGACAGUUUGCCAGUGAAUUUCUCCGAGCCUUGUGAGGGUUUAGGAUGCAAGCUGGGUUGGAACUUUACAAUGUGCGAGCAGAGUCAGUCCUGCUCCUUUGGCCUGGCCAACAACUUUCAGGUGCUCAGUAUGGUGUCAGCUUUUGGCCCUCUCAUCACUGCUGGCAUUUUUGCAGCCAGUUUAUCAUCAGCUCUUGCCUUCCUGGUCUCUGCUCCUAAAGUCUUCCAAUGUCUCUGCAGGGACAACAUAUACCCAUACAUAGGCAUCUUUGCAAAGGGUUAUGGGAAAAAUAAUGAGCCACUGCGUGCAUACAUUCUGACCUACUUCAUUGCUUUGGCCUUCAUUCUGAUUGCCGAGUUGAACGUCAUCGCUCCUCUCAUCUCUAAUUUCUUUCUGUGCUCCUACGCUCUCAUCAACUUCAGCUGCUUCCACGCCUCCAUCACCAACUCACCAGGGUGGAGGCCAUCUUUCAAAUACUACAGUCGCUGGACGGCUCUGUUUGGAGCCGUUAUCUCUGUGGUGCUGAUGUUCCUGCUCACCUGGUGGGCUGCUCUUAUCACCUUCGGCAUCAUCUUCUUUUUAUUAGGUUAUGUUAUGUACAAGAAACCAAAGGUUAAUUGGGGCUCGUCUGUCCAGGCUGGUACCUACAACAUGGCUCUGUCCUAUUCAGUCUCUCUUGCUACUGUAGAAGACCAUGUCAAGAAUUUUAGACCUCAGUGUUUGGUUUUGACUGGUCCUCCAAACUUGCGUCCAGCUCUAGUGGACUUUGUGGGCUCUUUCACAAAGAAUGUCAGUCUGAUGAUCUGUGGAAACAUUAUCAUGGAUGAGAAUAAGUCUGUCACGUCCCAAGCCAGUACAGACAGAUUAGUAAAAUGGCUGAACAAUAGGAAGGUCCGCUCCUUCUACACACCGUUUAAGGGAAACAGUUUGAGAGAAGGAACUCGGCAUCUCAUGCAAGCUUCUGGUUUGGGAAAACUCAAGCCUAAUACACUGGUCAUGGGGUUCAAGACUAACUGGAAGGAGUGCAGUCCUUAUAACUUGGAGGAUUACGUUAACACUAUAUAUGAUACAUUUGAUUCUAACUAUGGAGUGUGUAUUCUCAGAAUGAUGGAUGGACUUGACAUUGCAGAAGAGUUAGAGUGUGCAGCAAACCAUGCCUUUGAGGCCAACGAGACCAUUGAAUCAGAUCAGAGUCAGAAUUCAGAAACAGAAUCAGAUGAUGAAAAAUCAAACCACAUUAUUGACAACGAGAUCAGAACGGUUUUUCAGAACAAACAGGGACGGAAAACCAUAGACGUGUACUGGAUCUCUGAUGAUGGAGGUCUGACUCUGUUGGUGCCAUAUCUGUUAACUAGAAGGAAGCGCUGGAGGAGAAGUAAAGUUCGGGUUUUUGUCAUAGGGGAGCUGCAGACCAUGGAGCAUGAGCGCAAAGAGAUGAUGAAUUUAUUACGAAGAUUUCGUUUGGAUGUCCAUGAUGUCAUUGUAAUGACAGACACUGAAAGGUUGCCUUCCUCCAAAAACUUGAAGCGAUUUGAGGACUCUGUUGCCUUGUUCAUGUUCAGAGAGGAGCAGCAGAGAGAGGAUUCGGAGCAGCAGCAAAAGACAUCCUGUCCAUGGAAAGUUUCAGAUAAACAGAUGGAUGCAUUCAGGCUGAAGUCAGAGAGAAAGGUGAGAUUGAAUGAGAUCAUUAGGAGGAAUUCCAAACAUGCUGCUCUGAUCUUGGUUUCGUUACCUGUCCCUCAAAGCGACUGUCCCAGUUCUCUCUAUAUGGCCUGGCUGGACACUCUGAGCUUUGGACUUCACUGUCCCGUCCUGUUUAUACGAGGGAAUCAGAAAAACGUACUCACAUUCUACUGCCAGUAACACACUAACAAACAACUAAUGAUGGUGGAUCAAAUUAUGCAGUUGAGACUUGACCAAAUCUUCCAUCAGAGCUUUUAGUGCUUUUCCCCCAAAGUCUACUUUCAUACAAACACACCUUGAGUAUGUUUCCAAAGAAAGCUUUUAGCCACUGAUGGUUUAACUCUAUGUGCAUUAAAGAUAGCAUGAAAGUGGACAGCUGUUUUGGGAAAACUACUAAAAGCUUAGAUGGAGAAUUUCCUCACUUCUCUAGUCGUUAUUCAAUUAUGAGAGUUAUUUGUGGCUAUGCAGCUAAUGUUAGUUCCAAUCUAAUGCACUUAUGCACUCAUCCAGAUAAUCAAUUUAUUUUACCUUCACUAAUUAAUAUAACAAUAAAAAACAAAAAUACUUAAACAUCAUCAAUUUAUGAAGGACCUAUAAAAAUGAGACUUUUGUCAACUUCACCUCAUAAGCUUUGUUGUACUAAAUAUUAAAAAUGUUUAAAUAUAGAAAUGUUACUUCAAUUUUUUUUUUAUUCAGAAACUUGAGCAUAUAAGCAAUUGUAUAAGAAUGGUAUCUUAAUUUAAUUAUGUCGUGAAGAUUCAAGUGCAGAAAUAAUUUGUAUUUACUAGCAACAUUCCAUGCUACAUUUGAGUAAAUUACAUUUUUAUCUGUGAAGCUUGGACCACUUGGGCUUGGCAUUGAACUCACCUUUAACAAGCUGAGGAUUCUCCACAAACGGGUAUUAUUAAUGCUGAAGUUGGAAACUAAUGAUCUCUUGAAUGUAUAUAUAUUUGGUUUGCAGCAUAAAAAGAAAUAUUUGAUUCGAUGACUCUAUCAAACCCAAAGACUACAUCCUUCAGCUAUGUUGUCAUGGUGCACCACGGGCAAAGCACUGAGUGGAACAGUCUAACACUGUCAUUGUUAUACAUUUUACUCCAGAAUGUAAAGAGAUGUUAUUGUCAUGAAAUGAGAAUGAUUGCAUAUUAAAAAUCAACAACAGAUGAUGCAGUUUGGUGCCACAUAUUAUUCAUAUUCUUAAUGUGUGAUAAUGAGUUCAAAUGAUAUUCUUCUAUAAUUCUCCACACCACACCUCUACUACAUCUAACUGACAGCGGGACAGCACAGUGGUGCAGUGGUCUGAUCCUGAGCUCGGGAUACUGUCCAUGUGAAAUAUGUCUAUUUGAAAUAAACUACAAUGACCCGUGCAUUGUAUGCAACUCAUCAAAUAAGGUAAUAUUUCCCCAAUUUCGUAAAAUGGUUUGGUCUGCUGUGUUUUCAUGGUAAGAGCUUCCACACCCACUGAAACCUUUAUGGCUAAUUACAGACAUUUUCUCAUAUCCAGAGGGUCUUUAGCUAUUAAUUACUUUCAUUUGUGCAAGUUUUUCUAAGAUGUCCCACAAGUCAAAGGAAAAGAAACAAGACUACAUAUUUAUGCAACAUUGACCAUCGCAUUAGAGUGUUAUGAGUCGCUGUUCGAUUACGGGUUACAGCUGUUUAAAUUUGGUGGGUUGUGUAUGUGCUCUUAAAUGGU